CAUCGACUGUCAAUUGUCGUGUCAGUUGUCAGACUAACGUCAUUUUCUUAAACGUCACUAACACUACUAUGCGGACAAUUAUUUUAAUCAAUUAAUAAAAAUAGUUUAUUUCAUAAAGUAAUAAAUUGGAAGUAAAUUGCGUGAACCGUGUCGAACCGUUAAAUUGAUGAGGUGUAAACAUUCAUUAAGAAGAAAACUCAAUGUGUCAUAAUUUCCAAUUAAGUGUCAAUCACAAUGAAAAAACUCUUUUCUAAAAUCGAAACUAAAAUAGAAACCACUUCGAGGGAAGUAAAUAAUUAUGUAGGUAAAGUCUUCACGGUGGGGCGUCAGACGGUAACGGUGGAGGACAUUCUGGCAGAAGGUGGUUUUGCAAUAGUAUACUUAGUCAGGAGCAAUAAUGGGACACGCUACGCACUCAAACGCAUGUACGUCAAUAACGAACAAGAUCUCAAUGUUGCGAAACGUGAAAUUCAAAUAGCCAGCAGUCUCAGUGGCCACAAGAACAUCAUCGGCUACGUGGACUCCAGUCUGACGGCGACAGGGGGCGGCGUGUACGAAGUCCUGUUGCUCAUGCCUUAUUGUCAAGAAAACGUCUUUGGUCUUAUGAAGCAGCGUGGCAAAGCGAAUUUUACGGAACACGAAGUUCUGACUAUUUUCUGUGAUACAUGUGAGGCCGUGUCACGAUUACAUCAUUGCAAAACUCCAAUAAUUCAUCGUGAUUUAAAGGUAGAAAAUAUUUUGGUAGGCGAAAAUGGUAACUACGUGAUAUGUGAUUUUGGGUCAGCCACAGCGAAGGUGUUGAACCCCGCCGACAAGGGGGUCGCUUGCGUCGAAGAAGAGAUCAAAAAAUACACGACUUUGAGCUACAGGUCUCCGGAAAUGGUGGACAUGUACUGUGGCAAACCGAUAACUACGAAAGCUGAUAUUUGGGCCCUUGGCUGUUUAUUGUAUAGGUUAUGCUUUUUUACUUUGCCGUUUGGGGAGAGUACGCUCGCGAUUCAGAGCGGAAAUUUUAGUAUUCCUGAUAAUUCGAAGUAUUCGAAGGGUUUGCACCAGCUGAUGCGUUAUAUGUUGGAGCCAGAUCCUGAUAAGAGGCCCGACAUUUUUCAAGUCAGUUGCGUCGCAUUCCAGUUGCUGUCGAAGGAUAAUCCUGUGAAGAACCUAAUGAAGUCGCCACUCCCCACCCUGGACGAGCUCCCCGUGCCGCCCUUCGAGUCCGAGCUCAAGAAGGCCCAAGUCAAGGUGUACAACAAGGCGCCCGCAGCCCCCGUGGUCGAAGGCACCAGUGUGAUGCCCCGCCAGCGGCCCAAAGGCAGCUCGACGACCCCUCUCAACCUGAACAACAUCCCUCUGACCCUCAGCCCCAGCCCCACAACUAGUAAGAAAUCCCAGAGUCCCGUAGCCCAACCUAAUUUCCAGAGCAACGUCACGUACCCUUCCGGUUUUCAGAGCGCCGCGACCGCGGCGCCAGACUACCAGCCGUCGUUUUUCCCGCCUACCAAUCCAGAGCCGGCCAACAAGCAACAGCUAGAUUCCCUGUUCCAGUCUUCCAUUUAUCCUGAUCCGUUCCGAGAUGACGGCGCCGCGGAGUCACCCACGAACGCGGGCGCCGGCGACGGUGCUAACGGGAACAAGCAGGAGGGAUUCGCGGUGCAGGGGGCGGCGGCGGCGGCGGCUGUGAUUUCGCCGGUGUCGCCGGAGAAUCCGCUGUUCGGGUCGGGGAAUCUGAGCCAGAUGGGCGGCCAGCCGACGGGGAUGACGGAGUCGAGUAACUACGUGGGGGCCACGAUGACGCCGCCGUCUACGCCUACGUUGGCGGUGCCGAAGGGGCAUCGGCGGAAUAUGAGCGACACGACGGCUUUUAACAAAGUGUACGCGUCCGAGACGUCCCAGUUCCUCGCCCCGUACGAGUCCUCCAUGAAGUCGCGCAGCAGCGACUCGCCGGUGCAGGAAGUGACGGCCCGCGGGCCCAUGGUGCCCCCCGGGGUGUCGGCGUCCACCGCCGACGUCAACCACCCCAUCGCCCCGGACAGCAGGUCGCUGUCUGCGGACGUGGCCGACUGGAAUCCGUUCGAGGAGCCCCCGUUCAGCCAGAUGACGGAGGACCACAUCUUCGGGGAGGAGUUCGACAAGAUCCGGAGGGGGAGCCAGAGUAGUAUUCAAGGUGUCAAGUCUAGGGAAAGUCUGGUUAUGUCUGUGUCUGAAGAUCCGUUCGGCUGUGCUCCGUUCAGUCUUCCAGUUAGGUCACGUGAUCGAGUUAACAAGACUCACCUUCAGUUCUCAGUUCUGCCGGUUUACAAGCAAAAAAUCAAAGAAGACGACGAAGCCUUCCCCUACUCCCCCCAGCACCAGCAGACCUCGUCGGAGGGCGAAGCGCCCCUCAUCAAGUCCGACGGCGAGCCCGAGGUCAUGUCGCCGCCGUACGUCAAGGCGCCCCUGGAGGACCGCUCCAAGUACGAGAAGCUCACCCAGAGCAACUACGUCAGCUCGGAGAGCAGCGACGACGACAAGACGAAGAAGAAGCGCAAGAUCACCAUCCCGGAGAAGCUCCAGUCGGUGUACAAGACCGUGGAGCUCCCGAUCAAGUUCCGCGCCGAAAAGAAGAAGCGCAGGCGCGCCGCCGACUCGGUGGACAUCGACUCCGACGACUCCAUCGGCUCGGCGAGCGACCUGCGGGUGGACGAGGAGCACGAGCACGCCAAGGGGGACGCCGUCAGCGAGACGGUGAGCGAGAGCAUCAAGACGUGCGGCUCGUCGGCGUACCACGCGGAGUGCGAGAGCAUGGCGACGCACGAGGACGACGCCUCGAGCAGGAUGAUCCGGGCGAAGCUGCGCGAGGAGGCGAAGAAGAACGCCAUCCAGGACGAGGACAUGCUGUUCGGGCACAAAUACGGCGAGAAGCCGCUGUUAUUGGACGACGAGCUGGACUCGGACUGCGAGGUGAAGGUGAAGUUCAACCAAUGGAAGCGGGUGAGCAAGGAGACGGAUUUGUGGAUACCGCCGUCGAGCAGCUUCGAGGACGACAACGACGUGUUCGCGAUGGCGCCGUUCAGCAAGCCGCGCCCGAAAGAGGAGGAGCCGGAGGCGGAGCUUAGCGACAAGACGAACUUGAACCCGUUUUUAGACUCGGACUUCGACCAGCAAACGAACUACGCCACGGUCACCGUCAACUCCAACUUCAUCAACAUCGAAAUUCCGUCAGACGCGAAGGACGAGUUCUUCAACGUGACGAGGUUCGAGUCGAACUUCGCCGAAGUGGAGCCGUACUUCAACGAUACCAAAGAGGUGAUUUACGAGAACGUGAACAUCGAGGAGAAACCCCAGACGAACUAUUUAUUCCCCGAGAACGAUUUCCAGAUGUUCGGGUUUCCGACUGCUUCCAACCCAGACUUUAAUAGUUACAGUCUGGACAGGAAAGGUAAAGUGGAGUCGGCGGACGUGGUGUACAAGUCCAAGAAAGACAAGAAGAAGGACGGGAAGUCUAAGUAUCACUUGAUCGACGAGAGCGUCUCCGACGAGAGUCCGAGUAUCAACUUUCCGAGGAAUACGAAGAUCGUGAAGCCCGCUUCGUACAAGAAAGCAACCGGGAAGAUUAAAGCUGUGAAAAAUAAGGCGAAACAAGUGGGUUUUAGUAACAUGAGCUUCGAGGAUUUUUCUUCCGACGAUCGCGAGGAGGUCGAACAUGCUGUGAUGCCGUUUGAGGUGCUCCGGAGUCCGGAGCAGGAGGAUAAGAGGUUUGGGGGUAAGAGGAUAGGAAAUCCGUUUUCUUGAGGGUCGAAGUCGAAAUCGGCGUACGAAAUUAUUUAAGUGAGAGGGUUUUCUGAACUUUUAAUUCUCGGUUUAUCUAUUUAUUGUGUUAUUUGUGUUGUGCGGUUGGCACCACCGGUGAUUUGUUACCAACCUUGUGUUUACCGUGGUUGUUAGAAAGGCAGCUCCUGGUCAGCUAUAUAUAAAAGAAUGAUUUUUUUCUGGUGAAAAGACUGGUUAAAGGCACUUCGUCGAGAUUAGUAACCUAGAGUGAGUCCCUUAAGGCUGAGAACAUAAGUCGCGUCAAAUAGGUGCCUUGUAAGAAUCAAAAUUUGCAAAUUACAAAACUAGCAAUCCGUUGAUAAUAAGCCAAAGUUUAACAACACCGUAUUUCCUACAUAUAGCGAGUCAAUUAUAACGCUUUUAUUGUGACAUGUAGGUUUGUUUUGUAGCGUAAGAGAGGAACUAGUUGAUGUUAAAAAGAGUAUUUAUUUAU